UUCUGGGGUGCAGCGCUGCUCUGCCCAGCUGCAGCCUGGCUCCUCGGAACGCAGUGCCACUCCUCCCCACAGGAACAGCAGCAGCUUCGCGGCACGCUGGGGCGGGAGCGGCUGCUGCCAGCAGAAAACCUCCCAGGAAAGAGGAGAAGAGGCAGCAGGAACAGAGAGGAGCGAUCAGCAGGGAAACGAUGCAGCUGCACCAUCCCAUAGAGCUGCUGGGGACCAGCUGGAUGCUCCUGGCAGGGCUGCUGGUGCCUUUGCAACAGGCUGUGGAAGCAGAGGGAGCCCUGCAGAGAAGAGUGGUCGUGGUGGGAUCCUCGGUGCUGCUUGCUGGGCCAGCUGAUGCUGUGCACAUCCACUCUGCGCAGUGGGAGUACCUCAAUGGCACCGUCUCCCGCGCCAUCGUGCAGUACAAUGAGGGGUCGCACAAUGUGGCCAUCCACCCACCCUACGUGGGACGAGCCAUUUUCCAUCCAUCCAAUGGAUCUCUCCUCCUGGAGGACCUACAGGAAAGUGACAGUGGCAUCUACAAAGUGACCUUCAACCUGGCAGAAAGGGAGAGCCUGAAGAUCUUGCUGGAUGUCCUCAAGCCCGUGUCUCGCCCUCAGCUCUGGAGCAGUGGCCUGGUGGCCAAGGCCACCGGUGAGGUGCUCUGUGAGGUGGUGGAGGGCAGGGUGGACACCAUCACGUGGAAGAAGGACGGGCAGGCGCUUCCCCGGGGCAGAGGUUUCUACGUCUCCGGCAGCCUCAGCAUUCUGCAGCUGAGGGCGGUGAAGAAGUCGGACUGCGGCUCCUACUCCUGCAAUGCCAGCAACGGGAUAAGCUGGCAGGAGACCUCCUUGAACAUCACUGUUGCAGGUCUCUCCCCUCCCCUGAAGGAUGUGCUGAGGAUUGCAGUGGUCGCCGUGGUCUUUGCUGCUGUCUCAGGAUGGGGAUUAAUUUUUCCUGUCUGCCAGUCCGAAAAGCUACGAAUAAGGGGGGAGCUGUGGCGGUGGCUCAGCGCCUACACCUGCGGGCUGGUGUGCGUCUCCUCCAUCCUGGCUGGCACUGCCGGGCUCCUCUGGAUGCGAGAAGAAGGCCCAUCCAUUGCCAUCAUAUUGCCAGAGAUUGUCCUUCUGUACGUGAUUGUGGUCACCUUCCUGGUGGCUGCCAACGUGACCUUCCAGCCUACAAAGCUCAUCCAGCUCAAAAGCACAACGGCACAGCGCACGAUGGGCUAUGCGGCUCCCGGCGGGGUGCUCUUGGUGGUGCUGACGAGCAGCUUCCACAUAAAGAACAUCCACCAUCGCCACGAGGAUGGCUGCACGGCGUUUGUGGACGUGACCGCCCUCGCGGUGAGCACAGCAGCAGUGUCAGCCCUCCCGCUCCUCGCCAUCUUCCUCUGCUAUCACACCACACAGGGGUGGCAGAAUGAACAUGACUCUGGCUGCGCCGACAAGGAAAGGUCCUUCAGGUCCUUUGAAAUGUCCCUGCCCAUCAGCAAGGAUCCUGUUCCCACCUGCUAGACAUUGGGGGUGUUUCACACUUGGCUGACUCAACCCAAUUUCUCCCCAACAUCGAGUUUCAGUAGGUCUGAGCCUUCAAUGUACUGAUGAUAAACAGCAAUUAAAUCAAUUAUUUCUGCCUUUUUUUUUAUUCAGUGCAGCACUGGAGGAUCCAAAUGCACAUUUUCUCUUUUAUUUUCCUCUUUAAAACCAGGACACGGGGUAGAGAAGUGCCUUUAAGAAUAGUUGCAAGUGUCUCUCUCACUAGUUCAUUGCAUCAAUGAGGAUGCAGCUGUGUGUGCAGUUAACCAAAUGUACCCACCCCACCCCUUCCUUCUGCUGUGUGAGGCCACACUCAACUGCUCACUCCCCAUGUGCAGAUGAUUUCAACGUGCUUUGGAAGGGGAGGUCAGGCUGCUUUCUCCCACAUCCACAGCUCUGUGCCUUCCCUGCCCACCCCCGAUGCCCUUUGCAGAUGGGACAGCACCUCCAAGGACCACUGUCCCCACCAGCAGCAGCACCCACGCCUGCAGCGCCCUUGGCGUGCUUCUGAAGCUAUUUGCUUAAAUGCAAAUCCCUCUGCAGAAUUCCCCCUGUCACUGGGUGUUGACAGUAGCUACUCUGUUCUCUGAUGGGUUUUUCUGCCCAGGACGAAAAAUGUGAGGUGUUUUUUGGGGGGGCGUCAUGGAGGCCAGGGUUUAGGUGUUGCCUAUGGUCCUGCCCGUGCUGCAGGGCUGGGGAAGGGGAGGGCUCACUCCAUGCAGUCAACAGGAAUCUGGAUCCUUGCUAAUGCCUUUUUUUUGUUUUCCUGCUCUUCCCGUCUGGUUAUUGUGUCAACUUCAGCAGGAACCAUAUUUCCUUCCUCCAAACACAAUCCAACCUGGGACAAGCAUGCCUUUUAAAGUUUGCCUUUCAGUGCCUGCCCCCCCCCAAUUAUUCCUGCAAAGGUAGCUGGGCCCUUGCAGUUCUGCAUGUGGGAAAGCUCAGGGAUGGCCAAGGGGAGGCAAACACAAAUCAGACUGGUGAUGAGGCCUCACUGCCCUUUGUAAGGGUGAUUCUCUUCACUAGAAAACCAAGGUAACAAGAUCUGGUUGGUCUUGGAUGGUAGUACCUUCUCCAGGGGGCAUGGGCCAUGUUUGCUUAUCUCCCAGCCUUCUGUCACACUUCGUGGUUGCCCUGGUGCCAGAGGGUACCUGAAUUAUUUAUUCACUUUGUGUUUGCUUAGCUUUUAUUAGCAGUCUUUUGUUUCUCUGCAAUACCAUUUAGAUAAUUGUUGGACAACACUGGCCCCAGAAUUGACCCCUGGGAUGCACCGGUAGUGAUCGGCCUCCAGCUGGACGUUGUGCUGCUGCUCCUAACCCAGCUGCUCAGCCGGUUUUCAGCCCACCCCACUGCCCACUUACCAGCCCCUGCUUGGUCAGCUUCUCUGUGAGGAUGCUAGGAGAGAUGGUGUCGUAAGUGCAGCUUGCCCAGCGCCAUGAGGACAGGCAGAGCAUGCUUAGUGAGGUCCCUUGGAACGGGUUGGGCUGGAGAUGUUUCCUAGAGCCAGAACUUCUCUCGGGGGGCAGGAAGCCAAAGGUCCAGGUCCCCACGGGGGUGGGCACAUCGGUCAGAGCGAGCAUCUCGGUGCGUGGCAGAGAAGCUGCUGCUUCCCAUUGCUUAGCAAGAGGGGGAGCGUGGGGGGAGCCGGGGCUGAGCCGAAACCUGUACACGGCAGCUUUCAGGACCUCCUGCCACCAUGGAGCUGGCUUUGGAUAACACUGGUGUAUUGGUUUUAUGUGGCAAGGUUUUGGUAGCAGGGGGGCUGCCAACUGAGUGAUGCUGAUUGUGCCUCGGAGAGAG